AUGGAGACAUUGCUAGACUGGCGCACAUAUGGAUUAAAGGUCCAUUAUAAUCAUACAGCCCCCGGCCAUGUGACAUGGAUGGGGGAGGACCAACUGUUAUACCAGCAGAUGGCAUUCACCAUGGGCGAUUUCCGGGGGUUCAUCCAUGGAUUGGUGACCGCGGCCCGGGAGAUACUUAGUCAUUUAUGCAUGCAGGAUCAUGCGCAGAUGCCCCCCAUUCCAUGGAUAGCAUUAUAUGACGAUCCCAGCCAGAGCCAGGCCGGGUGGAACUUUAUGCACGACGCACGGACCCAGUGGCCGGUGGAUGGGACCCACUGGAUGAUCAACCGGCUGCGGGCUGAGCCAGCCAUGCAGCGGCAUUUCCUGCGGGGGGGCCGAUUCCACCCCAGUGCCAUCCAGCAGUACUGGCAGCGCGUGGCCCAGUUUAAGGAGAAAUUAGCCAUUAUGGUGCAUGUCACCGCAGGGCAGCCGGCGUGGGCCCCAGAGUUAUUAAGCAUUCAGUAUUGCAACACAGCGAACAGUCGCCAGCGGAAUAUAUAUAUUAAGGAUGGCAUGGUGACAUUUGUGACAGCAUAUCAUAAGGGGUUCCAUGCUAGUAAUGAUGUGAAGAUCAUCCAUCGAUAUGUGCCGCGGGAGGUCGGGGAGUUGGUGGUAUGGUAUAUCUGGCUGGUGAUGCCAUUUGUCGACCAGUUGGCUGCAUGGCAGGCCGCGCAGGUCGCGCAGGGGAGCCAGGCUGUGCAGGGUAGCCAGACCGCGCAGGGAAGCCAGACCGCGCGGUGGAGCCAGGCCGCGCAGGGAAGCCAGACUGCGCGGUGGAGCCAGGCCGCGCAGGGAAGCCAGACCGCGCAGGGAAGCCAGGCCGCGCAGGGAAGCCAGACCGCGCAGGGAAGCCAGGCCGCGCAGGGGAGCCAGGCCGCGCAGGGAAGCCAGACCGCGCGGUGGAGCCAGGCCGCGCAGGGAAGCCAGACCGCGCAGGGGAGCCAUGGAGCACAAGGCAGCCAGGUCGCGCAGGGGAGCCAGGCCGCGCAGGGUAGCCAGACCGCGCAGGGAAGCCAGACCGCGCGGGGGAGCCAGACCGCGCAGGGGAGCCAGGCCGCGCAGGGGAGCCAGGCCGCGCAGGGAAGCCAGACCGCGCAGGGGAGCCAGGCCGCGCAGGGGAGCCAGACCGCGCAGGGGAGCCGGGCCGCGCAGGGAAGCCAGACCGCGCAGGGGAGCCAGGCCGCGCAGGGGAGCCGGGCCGCGCAGGGAAGCCGGGCCGCGCAGGGAAGCCAUGGAGCACAAGGCAGCCAGGCAUGGUUAUGGGGCCCCGACCCCGGUACCGGCCGUGAAUGGUCGUCCGAGCGGUUCCGGGAGGCGUUGAAACGGGAAACCCGCACCCGGCUCGGCACCGCCAUCCAUAUCGCGGCAUACCGGGACAUCGCCAUUGGCAUCAGCCGCCGAUUUUUGCGGCCAUCCACUGCGUUCCCCCAUAAUAUCCAGGAGGCCGAGCCGGCCCCAGCAGCCAUGGAUGCCGAUGCGGAGGAGAGCAUGGAUAUUGAGCAGUGGAUGGGCCAUAUUGCUGAUUUACAGGCCGCCCAUUCAUCACAUGUUGCUGGCAUGGAUUUGGGGACCCCCCCGUCCACGUUAGGCAAACGCAAACGGGCCCCGUGGGAGGAUCAGGCCGAGGUCAGCCGCAUGGAACGCCGCCACUAG